AAGGCCAAACCCCAGUUUCUAACAGGCCCGGAACAAAGUGAAGGUUUUCUGAAAGACGUUGUGAUUGGCCUCCUGCUGGCCCUAGAGAGCGUGUUGGGACAUGGCACAACACGGAGGGGAUAGCAGCAAGUGGAGGACACGGCGUCACGGUCGCUGGACAUGAAAAUCGAGGUAUUAUCCUAAGUACAAACAACAGUGAGGACUGCAGCCAUGGACUUGUUCAAGCAACAGAAUGUGGAGGAUUUCUAUGAAAUCGGCGAAGAGUUGGGGAGUGGGCAGUUUGCCAUUGUAAAGCAAUGCAGAGAGAAAUGCACAGGUCUGGAAUUUGCUGCCAAGUUCAUCAAGAAGCGACAGAGCAUGGCUAGUUCCCGAGGAGUGCGACGGGAAGAAAUAGAGCGGGAGGUGAACAUCCUGCAGCAGAUUCAACACCCCAACAUUGUCACGCUGCACGAUGUUUAUGAGAACCGCACUGAUGUAGUGCUCAUCCUGGAGCUGGUCUCUGGAGGUGAACUGUUUGACUUUCUGGCCCAGAAGGAAUCUCUGAGUGAGGAAGAAGCCACUCAGUUCAUCAAGCAAAUCCUCGAGGGCGUCAACUACCUCCAUGCCAGAAAAAUAGCCCACUUUGAUCUCAAGCCUGAAAACAUAAUGCUGCUAGAUAAGAACGUGCCAUUGCCAAGAAUCAAACUCAUUGAUUUCGGUCUAGCUCACAAGAUUGAAGCUGGGGUUGAGUUCAAAAAUAUCUUUGGAACACCUGAGUUUGUUGCACCAGAAAUUGUCAACUACGAGCCACUGGGAUUAGAAGCAGACAUGUGGAGCAUCGGUGUCAUCACCUACAUCCUGCUGAGUGGUGCCUCACCUUUCCUGGGGGAGACCAAACAGGACACACUGAAAAAUAUUUCAGCCAUAAAUUAUGAGUUUGAUGAUGAGUUCUUCUGUCAUACAAGCGAGCUUGCCAAGAAAUUCAUCAGCCACCUGCUGGAGAAAGAUAAGCGGAAAAGAUUAACAAUUCAAGAUGCUCUUAAGCACCCAUGGAUCAAGCACAAGGAGGAAAAUAAAGCCAAGGAGCUAAAAAAAUGGGAGCAACGCCAACUGAAGACCAAGCGCUUGAGGGAAUACACUAUCAAAUCCCACUCAAGCAUGCCACCCAACAACACCUAUGUAAACUUUGAGCGCUUUGCCCAGGUGGUCGAGGACAUAGAUCAGAUGGAGAGCUCGUUCAUUAGCCUGGCAGCAGCCCAUGACUCUCUGCAGGAAGAUAUUGAUGUCAUGGUCUCCAUAUACAAUGAAAAGGAGGCCUGGUACAAGGAGCAGAGUGAAGGCAUACGCAAUGAACUUUCACAAAUCCGCUACGAGUUCCGUAAAGUGGAGGCUUUGAAGAGGAGUCUGCAGGACGACAUGCAGGCUUUCAGCUCCAGCCUCGGCGCUGUCAGCAGCCGCUACCAGGAGAGACAGAACUACUUUGAUGUACUGCGCCUGGAGCUGAGCAAUGAGCUGAAAUGGGUGCAGGAGGUGAUGGACUCAUUUCCCAUGGAUGGAGGUGUUGGAGGGUACUCCAACAGCAACUUCUCUACCAUCUUCAACAGCGAUGUGAAUGAAGCCUUGAAAGAGCUGCUAAACCGUUCAUGUGGAGGAGAACUGCUGUCUGGGAUCAACCUGGACUUUACUGAAACUGGACAGCAAAGAUAAUUACCUAGUACUGCACAGUUACUAUUUAAACACCAUUCAUUGUCAUAAUGAUGACUAGUAAAGGUGCAAUUGGGAGGACUGUGUCAGGCCUUAAAGGAUCUUCUCUGAUGCUGCACCCAGAUAUUUAGCAAAAACAGGAUUACAUGUAAGAAAUAAGUAAGCAUUAUCUUAGUUUUUGCAAACAAAUUGUGUAUUUACAUGCUAAAAAUCAUAAUAUGUGCUAUAACAUGCUCUCAAUGUGCUUCCAUAAAACAAGAGCACAAGAAUGUGCAUUUAUAUAAGGAAAGAAAGGAGACAAACUAUUUAUAAAUAUAUAUGCCUAUACAUUUUGACAGAAGAGAUUCCAAUAAAUAUAUACAAUGGUAUAUUUACAGGUUAUUGCAGUGAGGACUGGUAUCCUGACUAACUGCCCCUGUUAUAGUUUAAUAAAAAGGCAUUAGAAUAUUUUAAAUUGGAGCUUGUUGUCAGGUAAACUCGGGGAGUUAUAUGUUUUGCCACUACUUAAGAGAGUACCAUACCAACUUAGCAUUUCACCUCUGCAGCCUUGUCAGAAUCCUGAUGCACAGUUUAAAAAAAACAAACAAACAAAAAAACUCGACACACCAGAAGGAGAUAUGUUAUCAGUUUUGUUCAACACAUUCUUCUUCCUCAUCACAACCUAGUAUCAUCUUCAGAUGCAACCAACAAGUGCAAGUGACAUCACCAGAGGACAUUUAUCAGACUUUACUCAAGACAUAUUAAAGGCUAAAUGCAACUUUUUUACAUACUGUAUGUACUGUAGUAGUAGUAGUAGUAGUAGUAGUAGUAGUUCCCAACACCAGGAAAUAAACUUUGAUGUGUAGAGUGCCAACUAUUGAUAAAUCACAUAACUUAACACAUAAUAGAUUUUUAAAAAAUGAAAAUGGACUCAUACGCUGAAGAGUAGAUUAAUUCCAAGUUCCAGUUAGGUCCAGAUUGAUCCAUAGUGAUAUGGAACACAAAGUUGAUGUUUACACAACCAAAAAGCACAAGCUUAGUGUAAGAUUUGAUUCUUAUAGGCUUCAGUUACUUUAUAAGCUUUAGUUACUUUUCAUAUCUUUAUUUUUCUUGCUUAUAUGUUGUAUAUUAAAACUGUAUUGAUGACUGCCAAAUUCUACUGAGUUGAAACUGCAUGAUGUAACUGUGGAGACAUAAUGUCUGCAUCUUCAUUGUAAAGAGAUGGCCCGAUUUACAUCUUCACACAGGCCUGCUCUGCAUUUUACAGGUUCUGCUUUGCAAUGUAAUAUUUACUGAGGCAGGGGGCUUACAACGUGUGACGAUCACUUGGCCCGUUUUGCAUAUUCACUAGGUCUGCUUUGUCCUGUAUUAGCCUACACAGUUAGGGGGUCUGCACUGCAGACAACCAAUUGUUCAGUACUCAUUGUUAGCUACCGCCUGAAAAUCACAACACUCACAACUGGCUUCUAGCACAUGGUCAGCAAGUGGGCGUGGGCAGAGGCUGGCCCGCUCAUGCCAAGAGCCCAUA